UUCUUCCACGAGAUCCAAUGUAAGUCUGGGUCGCUGUCAUCUACAAUUUUUUUUUUUUUACGAAACACAAAAAAAAAACAUAAUAGCAAAUAAAAUGUGUACCGUGUGCUAUUUAUGGUUUAUGGUGUGUUCUCUUCUAAUGGCAAGUGCAAGCAUUUUAAACGAUCUGCACGAAGCGCAAAAGUUCGUCGAGCAGUUGGACUACGAUUACGCGGCAGUGGCCGCGGACGCUGCGGCCGCGCAACAGAGAUCUGCGGCCGCUGACCUACUGUGGUACGACUACGGCGGCGGCGGUGGUGGUGGUAGCGGCGGUGGUGGCGCCGGGUCUCCGGCCACGACCGUACUAAUCGCCGGCGACAAGCGUGGCGGCUCGCCCCAAUCGAGCAACGGCGGCUUGUGGUUCGGGCCGCGGUUGGGCCGCAGGAAACGUCGAGGCGGCGUCGUGCAACCCGUAGACGGCAACACGGUUGGACCGGCCGUGUCGCAGGAAACUAUCGCGUUGGGUCUGACGGCAGCGGCCGGGCAGGCGGUCGUCUCGGACCUGAUAAACAACGCGCCUUGGGUGCUCGUACCGAUCAUCGAGAAUACCCCAGUGUACAACCAGAUGCAGAUGAAACAGAACGCGAGGAGCGGAAGAUCGUCGUCGGAGGACGACAGCGACGAGGCGGAUUCGUCGUCCCGACACUCGGCCAGAUCGCCGCCGUACUCGCAACAGUACUCGCCGCCGUUCUCGCCACGUUUGGGCCGACAGGCAACCAUGGCCCGGCCGCAGGUACCCAGGCUGGGACGCCAAGCGCUACUGUACCGACGAGACGCCAGGAGCGCGUUGUACCAGCAGAACGCUGCGCUACUCGGGCAACAGCAACAGCAGCAGCAGCAGCAGCAGCAACAGCAACAGCAGCGACAGGCGUUGCAGACCGCUACCGAAUCGGUGGCGACGGCGGCGGCUGCGGAACCAAGUCGUACAGUGUAGAAGACUUUGGCGGGUGCGUUUUCGGGAAAGGGGGAAAAAACAGACCCUUACAUUAUAUAGCGUAGUCGGUAUUUGUUGUAGACCAAAAUAAUAAUUAAAAAAUAAUUUAUUAUGUGUA